AUGUCUGCGGCCGCUCAACUGCCCAGCGUGCACCGUGUUUCUCUGCACAGCACAUCUGGGGCGCUUCAAAUCGGGAUUUCGCUUUCUCUUUUCCUAUUUGGCAUCAUUAGCGUCCAAACCUAUCAUUACUAUCAAAACUUCCCAGACGACCGACGUUUAUUUCGAUACUUGGUGGCUACCAUGUGGUUUCUAGAACUUGCCCAUACAACGGCGAUUUCAUACGAGUUGUACCAGCUAACAGUCAGCACCCCCCGUGGUGGAGUGCUCACCUUUCCAGGUCUAGGAUCGGCGCUUAUUGUCGGGGGAGUCAUCACAACUCUCGUUCAGUGCUUCUUCUCACUUCGAUUAUGGAGACUCUUUCCCCAACCAUUCAACUAUGUUGGCCUCACCUGUGCGGUCAUCUCAGUCUUUCGAUGCAUCGGCAGCGCUUUCCUAGGAACCCAGGCAGUCAACACGUCUGUGGAAGCAUUUAGAGCGAAUUGGACGUGGUUAAUUACCCUGCUUUUGUCCGCCGGAGCAGCAUUGGACGUAGCAAUAGCAUUGGCCAUGCUUUAUUUCUUGCUGUACCGGCGACAGGACGCUUUGACAAAAAUGUCCAAUCCAAGGGUAUCUCGGGUAAUCGACCGCCUCGUAGCCUUCACAAUUACUGACGGUGCUGCGUAUCAGGGUCUGGUCUGUUCACUAGUUAUAUGGAUGGCCAUUUACACGUUCCUUGCGAAGCUUUACUCCAAUUCCCUUCUUUCAGCAUUAAAUGAACGUCGAGAACUUCGAAACGCAGUCGUCAAUUACUCCUCGCGAGAGAUUCCGUCAAAAUCAGUGACCCAUAGCCUGCAACGAAACCAUGUUAGCCCAACGUUUGCCAGCCAGGUGAUCUCCGUUGAGAUGACAUCCGUCAUUGAGACGCAUCGUGACACGGACGACACCGGCGUUUGUUGGGUCAGUCUACUCUGGUGGCCUCCUACCCGCUUCGUAUCGUGCUGA